AUGUCUGGGCCAGUUCGCUCCGUCCUGCGCCAGAGCGCGUCCUUAGAGCACGAUUACAGUGGCUCGCAUCAUGGACGCGAUCGACGGAACUCGGUGCGUUUCAAUCUUGGAAAUGGCGAAUGUCAGCCCGUUCACCCUGCUCACCUCCAGAAUUUGCAAUCACCUCAAGGCCUGCAGCAAAAUGCGACUCCGCAACAGCAGCAUCUGCAAUCUGCGAAUCUUAAUCCGCAAGCCGUCACCAAUGCUACCAAUCAUCCGGGAGGCUACCAAGGAGGGUACCACGGACAGGGCUUGCCUCCGUUGCCCGCGUACCCGCCUAGUGCCAAUCAAAGUCCACCACAAGUGAUGAGCCCGAGCCAGUUCGCCAUGCAGCUCGCCCAAGCGCCGAAUCCUCCUCAGCAGCAGUUCGUCUACCAAACAAGCCAGCAGCCGGCGGUCUUGUCGCCCACCACGAUGAGUUCGACUGGUCCCCAAGUGAUGUUUAACUAUUCCGUUCCAGCCCCGUACCUAACCCAGCCCAGCGCUCAACAACCAAGCAACAACUCCCCGAUCCUCGUCAAGAGUCCAACUCCGCUUUCGCCGAACUCGAGCUCUAAGUUUGCCCCUCUCUCGAUCAAAAACACCGACGACCCCAAGUGGCACAAAUGGGUCGAGCUGAUCAAUCAGUACUGGAACGAAAUGGCGACUCUUGAUGAGCAAAGCCGAUUCCAGAUGAUUUGCAACUUGUCAAUUCUUGCUGCAGCCCCAGAAAAAGAAUAA